AUGCCUAAUGAUUUCAAUGAAGAAGAUCUCGUAAUUGGUCCAAUUACUGGGAUGCGGUUCAGUAGUAAGGAUGUUAUGUUUGAUUUUUACAAAGAACAUGCAAGAUUAUCGGGUUGUGAUAGGUCUAGGAAACCAAGUAAUAAGCAUGUUACCAAGAAGAGGAACUGCCGUGCUAGAAUAAAUGGAAUCUUGGAGGAGGAUGGUUCAUGGCGUGUUUCAAAGGUGGUUAAAAAGCAUAAUCAUCAAUUGGAGCCAGCAUUAUCGCGAUUGAUGGCUGGACACAGAUCGCUUAGUAAGUCCCUUAAGAGAACUCUUGCAGCCAAAGAUAUUGCUGGCUUAAGACCCUCAAAAAAUAUAAGAGUCGCUGAAGUACUUGCUGGUGGCCCCGAAAAUCUUGGAUGUACACCAAAGGACUGUAGAAAUUAUAUUUUGAAGAGUAGAAAGCUUCAGUUGCAAGAAGGGGAUGCACAAUCAUUACUCAAGUUCUUCAGUGACAUGCAGCAAAAAGAUAGGGAAUUUUACUACUCCGUAGAUGUGGAUAGUUUUGGUCGACUUUGUAAUGUCGUAUGGGUUCAUUCACACUCUAAGGUUGCAUAUGAGGAGUUCCAUGAUGUAAUAUGCCUUGAUACCACAUACCUUGUGAAUCGAUACAAUAUGUCAUUUGCUUCAUUUGCUGGUGUCAAUCAGCAUAGGCAGUCCAUACUUUUGGGAUGUGCUCUUAUGUCGAGUAAGGAUAUAACAAGUUACAAAAUGGUGCUAUCUACAUGGCUUGGGGCUCUAAACAAUGUUCAUCCAUUAGCUAUCAUGACUGACCAAAGUUAUAGUAUUAAGGCUGCCAUCAAUGCACUGAUGCCAAAUACGAUUGCAAAGGCAGAAUUUAAGGCUUUAGUCCUUGAUAGCAUUAACGUUGCUGAGUUUGAGAGACGAUGGACUGAAUAUAUUGAAAAAUAUAACUUAGAUGGAAGGGAUUGGUUUUAUAAGCUUUAUUUGGAGAAGGAGAAAUGGGUUCCUUUAAGGAAACUGUACCAUUGUGAAAUCAGCACCCCUGAAGACCAUCAAGCAAUUGCUGGAAUGGAGAAUUACAUUAUCGCUGAUUAUUUCGUUCAGGAGCCUUAA